CCUGGGAGAGCUACCUGAAGUGAAGCAAGUGAUUCUGCACUCUUAGAGCAAAGAAUCUUCUUCACAUCGUCUGAGAAGAAAGGAAAAGAACUGGGGGAAAAAACAUGAUUUCUUCAAGUACAGAGUCCCUUGAAGUUGAACUCUCAACCUUUUAUGACUAUUACGAUACUUAUUACGAUGCUCCAAAACUAUGCAGUAAAGAAGGCGUCAGGAGGUUUGCCGCCUCUUUCCUACCUGUUCUGUAUUCCCUGGUGUUCCUGGUCGGGCUCAUGGGAAACAUUCUUGUCAUCGUGGUCCUCUUAAAAUACAAGAGGCUGAAGAGCAUGACUGAUGUGUACCUGCUGAACCUCGCCAUUUCAGAUUUGCUCUUCGUUUUAUCCUUGCCAUUCUGGUCUUAUUUCUCAGUAGACCAAUGGGUUUUUGGAACUCCUUGGUGUAAAAUAAUUUCGUGGAUCUACCUGGUUGGGUUUUACAGUGGGAUAUUUUUUAUUAUGCUAAUGAGCAUAGACAGAUACCUGGCAAUUGUCCGUGCAGUGUUUUCCUUGAAAGCAAGGACCGCCUUCCAUGGCUUGAUUACUAGCCUUGUUGUAUGGCUAGUAGCUCUCUUAGCCUCAGUCCCUGAGCUUGUAUUUAGAGAGUCUUUUAAUGAACAUAAUUAUACUACCUGCAAGCCAAUAUUUCCAGGCAAUUUCACAACAUGGAAGCUUUUCUCCACUUUGGAAGUCAACAUUUUAGGGCUCCUAAUCCCUUUUAUAAUAAUGACGUUUUGCUACUCCAUGAUCAUUAAAACAUUAAUUCACUGUAGAAAUGAUAAAAAGAAUAAGGCUGUGAAGAUGAUUUUUGCUGUCAUGAUUGUGUUUUUCUUUUUUUGGACCCCCUACAACAUUGUUAUUUUCUUACAACUGCUGGAAUUUAUGGGAGUCAUUAAAGACUGCCAAGUGAGCAGGAGUCUGGACUAUGCUUUCCAGGUGACGGAAAUCCUUGGUCUUUUUCACUGCUGCCUCAAUCCAGUCAUCUACUUCUUCAUGGGGGAAAAGUUUAAGAAGUACCUGAAGAUGCUCUUCAAGAACUGGCAGUUACCUGGGUAUUUCUGCAAGUGGUGUGGAGUUCACAUCACUUACCACACUGAAUCUACUAGCUCAUUCCACACACAGUCUACAGGGGACCAAGACGGUCUGUAACGCAUUUCAGACCAGCAACUGAACUCAGCAGCAAGCAAACUGACAACAGCAGGAACUUCGAAAAGCAGGAACUUUGAAAAGCUAAGCAAAUGCAGACACAUUUAACAAUAAGCUAGUCCUGGAUAAUUACUUACUUCAGCUUUAUUUGUGCCUCUAGAUUUUCUGAGUAUUAUGACAGAAGAUGUCCCAAAUGUGGAAGAAGGGAGAUGGACAUGCAAAGUUUCUCUGCUGUGGUUACAAAUCACUGCUCAGCUCUGUGCAAAGCACUGCACUGCAUGGCUUCUUUUACUCCAGCAUCAAGACAUUGGCCUGCAUGGAGGGGCAGAGGUGGGACAGCACCUUGUCAUCAGCACAUGCACUUGGAAAACAUAUCCAUGAAUUGAAGAAGGAUGAUUAUAACCAUACUUUUUUAUUCUGCCGUUGAUCUGUGUAGGACUUGUUCACUCAUGACUCUUAGGUAGCUAUUAGCAGUACCUGCUACUUUUAAAUGUUUUAUUUCAGGGGGGACGAUAUACUCCCUGUUAUUAAGAAAAAGGACAAAAUAUAUUCUCUAUAUGCACAAAGACACAAAACAAAGCCAUUACUUUUCAUUGUAGGUGGGUUUUCCCUCAGGCUGACAU